AUGAUAAGAGGCAUAUACCCACAAUUAUCAUUAGCUGCUGAAAUUUUUUUAUGCGCACCAAUUAGUACAGCAACCGUGGAGCGCGAUUUUAGUACAAUGAAUCGAAUAUUAACUGGUUUACGAAAUCGCUUAACAACAGAACAUUUGGAACAAUUAAUGAGAAUAUCAAUAGAAGGACCAGCUGAUUUAGAUAAUGAUAUAAAAAAUUUAAUUAUUGACUGUUGGAAAAGUAAAAAAUUACGGAAAAUUUCGGUUUAAUAUAGAUUUAUUGUUUUCCUCUCAAUAUUUUUCUUCUCAAUGUGUUUUCUCCUCAAUGUGUUUUCUUUUCAAAGUGUAUUCUCAUAUUGUAUUGCUAACAGAAGCAGUGUGAUGGUAUAUAUGAAAAAAAUAAAUAAGAAUCUUGGUGUGCGUUUGCUGUAUAACAAAAAAUUUUUUGGUCAGCAGCCCCUCCAAAAGUUUCAACCGCCUACUCGAAAAAUGAAACCUAGAUGCAUCUACUGGGCACUACUAUAAUCAUACUUUUCAAUAAAAACCACUUAUUGAUGGAUGAUAAUAAUAAUUGGAGUUCGUUGAAUAUCGCCUUUAGAUAAAUGACAAACUAAAUAAGGUACAAAUGCCAAAAUAAAAUAUGUGAAGUCAUGGUAUGUGAAUAAGAAAUUUAUUAUAAAUUUUAGUACCAUCAAUAGAAUGUUAGUAUCAUAUAUAUCAGUUAGUCAAGAAUAUAUGAUUAAGGAGAAAAAAUUUCAAAUUAACUGGAUCAUCCUAGAAAAUAUAAAACAGUAUUCAUAAAUAGAUAAUUCUAUAAACAUUGAUUAAAAAAUAAGAUAGAUAACUGAUUGAAAAGCUCGAUUUUUCUAAAAUUCACAUGCAGAUAUUCGUUCUAAUAUAUCAUGAAUACAUUCUCUUCUGCAAUGAUGAUUAAAAUAGUUAUAUGGGCAUUCUUAAAAUCUAACAGAUAAAUGAUCGAUAAUGAUACAGCUGGAAAAUUUUAGACUAACGUUCGUAUGAUGGCGGCACAUAUAUAAGACAAAUAUUAUUUUUAUGUAAAACAAAUUAUACAUGAAGAUUUAACAUGACUAUUUGCAUAAUAUAAUAAUCAUCAAUAUGUGAUUCAAACAAAUUUUGUCUAUAUUAAAAUCAGGCACGGGUCUGAUCGUGAGUGAAAUUAAAUACAAGUCUCGAAACACCCGUGUUCACACCACUCACACUGUUUUGAAAAAAGAUUCAGUAAUUUUUCGGAGAGUAAGUGCGCAAAACAAUGAAAUAUUGUUUGAACAUAAGUGGAUGAAAGCAAAAACAUUUCAGCUUGGGAAUCUAUUUUAAUUAUUGUGACUAGUAAUAAGAGCUCCUGACAUUGUUAUUUACUUUCUUUCAUUUCUUUUGUGUGUAGCAUCAGUGUUUACUGUACAAAUAUAAGAUUUAUUCGACACCA